AUGCCCUACUAUGAACGACUUCGACGCGACUUAAGGGAAGCGUUGCAGAAGAAACGACUGAUCGAUAACAACCUUGCUCAACUCGAAGAAAAUAUCCUCCGCAAUGAAUCAUCGUACCUGGAGGAGACAACUGCUGGAAACAUUAUCAAGGGUUUCGAUAACUAUAUCAAGGGAGCAUCCACUACGACCACCGCAGGCGGUGCUGGUACAGCCACGCGCCGUAAGGGCACAAUUAGCGAUGCGGACAGAAUAUUCAGUCGGAGCUCAACAAGCUUCAUGAGGGUAGGAGACCAACACGCUAUCCACGAAGCUUCGACUCCAGGCUCAAACACGACCACACCUUCCCAUGCUGCGACCCCAACCUCUUCGUUCCCCACUCGCGAAUCGAGCCAGCCUUCACAAAACGGAGCGAACAAGAACGGAGGAGCGAGUAAAAAGAAAAAGGCCACAGACGAUGAAGAUACAGACAGCAAGCCGACAAAGCGAGGCAAGAUUACCUACGGGCGAGAUUGAUGAAGCAAAUCGAGAUCCCUUGCGUCCGCGGGAGCGAUAUAUCAUACACCUUUUGCCAUAGACCCACUCCUGUUCGAUGGUAAUUUCUUGGAUUGAUGCGCGGUCGUGGAGGAUCUAAGACGGAAAGGCUGAUCAGCCUG